UAGGUCUCAAAGGGUGCAGUGCAGAGAGAAGCAAAAGUAAUCCGUCCUGAGGAAGGGAAAACAAUAGUCCCAAGCAUUGUAUCACUGAGUAGCCAAGUUGGGAAUCCCUCCUGAGUCAGUCCUGCCUCUGGACAAAGCUGCUCCUUCCUUGUGUGUACAGCAGAUGCCCACACCAAAGCAAUUACCACAUGGGAGAUGCUGACUGGCUGGAAGAACCUGUUCAUUCUGGGUCUGUAAUGGAGUCUGUGAGGAGCUCAGCUUCCUGGUAUGGAAGAAGGAGAACUUCCUUGUCAACGACUGAGAAGAUUCUGAAGAACUCAAAGGCUCGUUUUACACCUGGAAGUGCCAUCCUAAGUGCGUGCACAGCAGUGAGGUGGAGCCCUGAAAUGCGAGUGGGGGACAGCAGAGAGGUGGAAAAAAAGCACCAGCAACCAGCCCAGGAUGUUCAGUGAAUCCAUGAGCAGAAGCAGCUUAAUUCUGAAGAGAGAAGACCUUUUCAACUAAAACCCUGGGAUGUCACUGAAGGAAAUGUAAAAGCCAAACAUUUGGACAAUUUGGAAACAGAUUUGAAGGGUUUUUUCCAAGUUGAAAUAACUGUCUGAACUACCCUUGCCUGCAGAACAUUAAAUGGGCAUUUUCCCACCAGCCCCUUCCCAAGCCCAUUGCACAGGGAGUUUCCCAGCUGGCCUGUGUUAGACAGUGGAUAGAUGCAGAGAUGGGGCAAAUGAGGUGGAGCCUCAUUGGCAGGAGCAGCCUGAACCACUGUGAGACUUCACUGGACUCAUGAUUUUAAUUCUCCCAGGGCACGAGCGCUGUUUGGCUCCAGGAUUUCAUCUUCCUCCUCAACCACCACCACCAUGGUCCCUCAGGAGGCCUUUCAAAGGCAUGUGGGUCCCAUGGGACAUUGAAGAUACAGCUGACCUUCUAUUACAGCCUUCAAAAGCAUCUAGGAUGAUUAAGAGUCUACCUCCUGAUGGGACCUUUAACCACAUGGAAGGGCACUGGCUGCUCAACUUGGUCACGUGUUUAUGUGUGGCUGCACAUUCCCCACCCAGGGCUGCAGAGUUCCCAAAGGCCAGCUGGGUUUUCUGCAGCUCCUUUCCCAACCCGCCGCAGAAGAGACAACCGGGCAUUUCCUGCCGCUGUCAUUCAGCUGUGAGCCCUGAGUCAUGGUGCAGAUGGAGCCACUGUGCUGACCAGGAGCACUGUGGGCACCACAAGCUGACAGAGGUGACCAGGAGGAGCAGGAGCUGAAGAACAGCCUGGCCAAGACUCAGCUCUACAAACCAUAAUCGAGCUGGCUUUGGCCACAGGCAGAUGGAAACCGCUGAAAAACAACUUCUACACAAACAUUGUGAAAGGCAGCAACUGACUGGUGGGGAGGACUUUCCAAAGCCAUGGAAGGAAGUUACCUACUAAAGCCUCGAUAAGAGCUAAGCCCUCUUAACUCAGCGAUCCUUUGAAAGCCUCCUCCCAGCCCAGCCUCAGCGAGGAACCCUUCACUGACAUCAUCCAUAAACAGACACCUCCAAAGACCCUGAAUAAGGAGGAGAUGGCUGUGCUCUGGACAAGGCUCCACAGAGAAAUAUCUGGUAUCUUACUGCAAGGAUGCAGGAAAGAGCUGUUCGAGCCCUCGGAGCAACAGCAGCAGCAGCAGCAGCCUCGCCCCCACACCGGGAACAAGCCUCGGAAGCAGUUGCAGCGGGAAAAAGCCCUCCAGCAGCAAUGCCAGAGGCUGGGACUGCAGGGUGGGGCAGCCCCUGUCACUCCGGAGCAGUUGCUCUCUGCACCAAAGCACAAGCCCUGUCAUCCUCAGCAGCCAGUGCCAACACCUCGUCCUCCUCCUGCUGGAGAUCAAAGGCAAAGUGACAGCCAGGAUCAGCAGGAGGAGGUGACACCUUGCAAUGGCAGGGACAGUGCCCAGCCCCACCCUGCACAGCCCAGCACCCAAGUGGAGAGAAAGAAAGUGGAAUUGCAGGAGAAAUCCCGAUGGGAAAUCCUCCAGCAAGAGCAGCGGCUGAUAGAGGAGAAGAAUAAGCGCAAGAAGGCUCUGCUGGCCAGAGCUAUUGCUGAGAGAUCCAAAAGAACUCAAGCCGAAGCAGUGAAACUAAAAAGGAUUCAGAAGGAGCUGCAAGCUCUGGAUGACAUGGUGUCUGCUGACAUUGGCAUCCUGAGGAACCGCAUUGAUCAGGCCAGCCUGGAAUACUCCUAUGCCCGGAAGCGGUAUGAAAAGGCGGAGUCGGAGUACGUGGCAGCCAAGCUGGACCUCCAGCACAAGACGGAGCUUAAGGAGCACCUCACGGAGCACCUGUGCACCAUCAUCCAGCAGAACGAGCUCCGCAAGGCCAGGAAGCUGGAGGAGUUAAUGCAGCAGCUGGAUGUGGAGGCAGAUGAGGAAAAUCUGGAACUCGAGAUCGAGGUGGAGCGGAUGCUGCAGCAGCAGGAGGCAGAAGCAGGGAGACAAGGCAGCCAGUCACACAGUCACGCUGCGACAGCGAAGGAGAACCCCACUCCCAGUGGUACAGGGCGGGAGGGCGAGCGUGCCAACCAUACUGCUGCUUCUCCUGCUGUUUCUGAACAGGCUCAAAACUCCGGGACCAAAUCCCUCUCCAGUAUGGACAGACAAACUCAGGCAGUAGAUGUGACUUCGGAAAGCUCCCCAGCUUGUUCUGCUACAUGACUGCUGGAUGGGAGAUGAGCCAGUGGUUAUGGAUGAUGUACUCUCUGCAGGCUUGUAGGUUAUAUCUGGGCUUUGGCAGUACCAGUCACAUGCACUUCAUUUCCCUUUUCCUUUAAUAUUGUUUUCAAAUUUUAAAGGUGCUUUUUUUUUUUCACAAGACUCCCAUUUGGGGUUCACCGUCUGUCAUCGUCUUUCCUGGUUUGUGUUCAUGUUCUAAUGCCCAGCUCUUCACGGGCUUUUAUACCUUCCUGAAACAGGACAUUUGCGUGUGAACAGUAGGGUUUUUCCAAAGAUUUUCAGCCUAUUGGUGUCACAGAUACCUGUUCUGAGCAGGGUGCAAGAGAUAGAUAUCUACAGAAGAAAAGACCCCUUGAUCUGCUUCAGAAUGCAUUCUGUCCCCUAACAUCUGCAAUAGGAUGUUUUUCUUCCUUUGUAUCCAUAAGGGAUUAGUUUUCAACGGUUUCUUCUGCUGUGAAACCCAAGUGCUUACUUUAAUUGCCUUUGUAGAUGAUACUCUUUCCUCAUGGAAAGGAAAUUUGCAUACUGAGGCAAAUUGCAAAGUCAGUUGUAAUACCUCAUAUUUAUCACUUUGCCUAUUCCUUUCAGAUAAUGCUGAAUCAUUACCAAGCUGUACAUGGAUAGAUCUGUUAUCUAUGAAAUCACAUCAGCUAUGCUUUAAAAAAAAUGAUGGGUACAGUUUAAGACCCUACAGAAUGUAGAAGUAGAAACACACAAAAGAGAGUGUGUUACAUUUAAAACUUCCAUUGCAAAUAUUUUCUCUGUUGUAGUUGCCUCGAAGUGCCAAUAAUUAGCCAGGGAUCUUAUAGUAAAUAAUCUCCACUGUAUAUUGGAAAUGAGCCUAUUUUUGUAUGACAUUCAAUGCAUUUUCUUGCCGGAAAAGCAGGUUUGUACCCCACAAGAAGUUCAGCUGGUUCACUCUGUUGCUGUUGAAAGGCUUUAAAGAGCUAUUCCAGGUGGAGAAAGUCUCAGGAAUUAGAAGAGGACGUAGGAAAAUCUCCCAUAGACUGAUUGCAGCUGCAAACCGUGGGGAGUUGAGCUCACAGUUAUCCGCUUUGUAACAUGGAAGUGUGGGAAUGGUUCCUGGAAUACCUGACCUGAACGUGUCGGUCAGAGUUUAUGAAUGAGUUGCUGAAUGACGCCACCGAGUAUAUAAAUGGGACACUGAUUGUCUCUAUGGCUUUAACAGUGGAAAAACAUGUCACUACAUUUCAUUUUUAUUCUAUUAAUAAAUCAGUGCAUCUUGUA